CAACAACAGCACAGCGGCAGUAGCAACAACGCAGUAACAGAAGCAGUAGCAGCAGCAACAGCAGCAGCAACAGCAACAGCAACAUCACUGUGGCAACCGCAACAGCACAGCAGCAGCAACAUCAGCACGUGUGCGUGCCCCAAACAGCAGAGAGAUAAAUACAUAAAACGCCGAGAAAUUCAAGAGAAAAGCAAGAAAAAAGUUAAGGCUAAAAAGCAAUUAAAACAAAUUGUGCCGUAAGUCAAGUCGGUGGGCUUACAGCCCAGUCCCCCGCAAAUAAAAGAAAAAAUAAAAAAAAAAAUAAAAAAAAAAAUAGAAAGAAACAAAGAAAACUGUAAGAAAAAAAGAACAGAAAUACACGAGUAACCACCGCAGGAUCCGCAGGACAACGUACCCACCGAUCCCAAAAAAGAAACGCACGAGACAAAACAAAAAAAAAACGAAAAAAAGUGAAAUAAAAGGAAACCAUGUCCCAGGAGAGUAAUGGUGGCCCAGCAGCAGGAGGCGGAGCAGCAGCAGCACCACCACCACCACCACAAUACAUAAUAACCACACCCAGCGAGGUGGAUCCCGACGAAGUGCGCUCCAUGGCCGACCUAGAGCUGGGAUCCCCCGAAAAGCAGGUGCAGGUACAGAGUCAAAAGUUCUCCAGCACGUCGAGCACCACCAAGGUGGCCACCCACUCAUUUUCGAUGAGCAGUAGUGCCGGCACUACUGGGCAGCAAAGCAAACAGGACAGCGCCCAGCAAAUCCAACAGCUUCAGCAGCUCCAACAGCUCCAGCAACUCCAGCAGCAGCAGCAGCAGCAACAGUCCCAGAGAAUCAUAUCCAGUUCGACGAGAAGCCAGAGCCUGCAGUCCAGCACAAUUGUGGGCGAGGCCACUACAAUUACGAGCGGAGCUGCCCAAAUCCUAAGCGCCUCGGCGGCGGCUUCGCUGGCCCAGCAGCUGAAGGCCCAAAGCUCCACCUCGAUUAUCACAAGCAGCGAGCAGAGGACGAGCACAAGCACCAGUAGCAGCAGCAGCACCCGUUACAUAGCCAGCGGCUCGAGCAACCUGGCCGGUGGCAAUUCGAAUUCGGCCAGCUCGGCCAGCAGCAAGACUCGCUUCCAGAGUUUCCUUCAGCAGCCGGAGGGUGCGCACGGUUUUCUGACGGCCCAUCAGAAGCAUGUGCGUCAAUUUGUGCGCUCCACAUCGGCACAUUCGGAGGCGGCAGCCGGAGUGGCUGGGGCACGGGCGGAGAAGUGCAUACGCAGCGCUUCCACACAGAUCGAUGAUGCCAGUGUGGCCGGUGUGGUGGAGUCGGCUGGUAACUUGACUGACAGCUCCGCCACGGGAGGAUCCAUGCAGCUGUCGAUGAGCAAACUGGGCCUGCAGCAGUCAUCGUCCAUAUUGAUCUCCAAGUCGGCCGAAACGAUCGAGAUGAAGAGCUCGUCGGCGGGCAUGCGCACCCAGUUGACAUUGAGCGGUGGCUUCUUGGCGCCGCCGGGCAAUCGAAAAAUAACCAUUUUGAGUCCAAUUCACGCACCGCCCGGUCUGCAUGAUAUGCUCAAGCGGGCCCAAGGACGAUCGCCGCUAUCGCCCAGGAUCAGCUUUCCCGGCAGCGAUUCGGACCUCUUUGGGUAAGUCGAUUAUGUGCCGCCUAUCUUUAAUGUCAGCGAAAAUCUUUGGUAAGCCUAUUUCAUUGGGAAAUCAAAGUAAAGUAAAUGUAAGCUAGAUAUUGCGCAUACGCCAUGUGAAACGGGAAAUUCCACAAUAAUGGUAAUUCAGUAGCAAUGAGCUACAGAUGCGGCAUAAACUUAAACAGCAUUCUCAAAACUGGCUUUAAUGUUGUUGUGAACGGGUCCACUAUUUGUACUCCAUAUAUUUGGUGUUUUUUUUUUUUUGCUUUUUUUUUAUAUUUGAAAGGGGGCCGGUCUGCAUUGUUAGUGCUUUUGAGAUAAGAGCUUGGUGGUUAGCUGGUGUUGUUGUAGUUGCAAACUGAUAAGAGUCCAAAGAGUCGGCACGCUUUGUAGAAUCCACCGAAAGCCACCAGAAAAGCAAAUAAAUUCGAGGCUAUUGUCGAUUUUAUUUUUUAUCACAUGUGAUAAAUGAAUAUGGGAAAGCAGCCGAGCGAUUAGCGAACCAAAGGAAUAAACCGUUGAGGAUUUCACAUAUUUUCUUCUUCUUCAUGACUCUUGGCCACUGAUCAAAACGCACUAUAUUUUUUUCUCUUUAUCUAUAUAUGUAUAUAUUUGGGAAAAGCUUACGUGUGUGUAAUUACUUCCUAACUUCGAAAACAGUUGCAUUUGCGAGUUAAUUAAUUUGAAAAAAAAAAAAAUGGCCAUUAAAUUGAUUGCGCAUUUGACUUGAUUGCAGAAACCAGAAAAUGGCUUAAUUUAUUAAGCUGGCAAAGUAUGACACCGAAUUUAUGGCUGCAUAAAUCACACAUGUGUACUUACAUGUGUAUGCAGAUUAUACUACAUGUGUCUGAAUUUGAAUUCCCCAAACAACAAUUGAAAAGUCCCCUCUUUUUUCUAUAUAUCUAUGUACAUACAUAUUUACAUUUACUUUAUAUGUAUGUGUAUAUUUUCGCCAGACUUUUUUGCACACCCCAAUUUUUCCGGCAUUUUUCCUUUUUUUUUUUUUUUGAGUCUUUGUGCAAGAAGUUAAAAAAUGUAAAAGUAAUGAAAAAAGCAACGACGACGCUAUGUCUGCCCGAUCUGCUUAUAAUUGGAUUUCCGCUGUGUGCUAAAGAGAGAGGGCUAUACUAGAAGGAGAGGGCGCUACUCUGCGAGUGAGAGGGCAUUAGGCGGCGGCAGCUGUUUGAUGAUGAAUCUCAAGUCGCUGUCUCAUUACAACUUUCAAUUUCAAUUGCUUCUUUCGCUUCUAUUCGCCCUCUCGUUUUCGCAUUAUGCUUAGCAUCUACGCUCUCACGCAUGGCUCUUAUUUUAGGCUACACCGCGAAUAACUUUCGUAUUUUUACGCCCGUUAAUGUUGAAUUAUAAGUGUCUAGUUGUGCACCUUAAAUUGCCACCUUAAGUUUGCCUAUUUAUUAUGUUUGUAUAGGAAUUGUAUUUGGAACAUCGAUAGAAGGCAUGCUUUGAAGUUCAACAAGUAUUUCGCUCAGUGCAAUAGCCUCCUCUCGCUCGCACUCCCAGCUGUUGGCGCCUGGCUCGCCUUCGCCUCAAUUCGAAUUCGUUAUUCGCCUCGCUUCGUUCGUUUUUCGCCGCCAACUGCUCUGCCGGCGGCGACAGCGACGCCGGCGCAGGGUCUCGUUUUCGCUUUCGCUUCGCAUCGUUUUCAUCGUUUUCAUCGUCUCCGUCAUAUAACAACGUUCGCCGUUCGCUCCGCACACACAAUUUGCGUUAAAAAAAAAGUUCCGCAAAAUCGCAAUUCGCGAAAAUCGUGCACAAUUCGUGAAACGAAAAUCGAAAACGAACUUAGCUAAAAUAAGAGCAAGUGCAAGACAAACGAAAUUAAAAACCUAUUUAAAAAAUUUAAAAUCCGACAACGAAAUCAAAAUGCCCAAGGAUGUGCGCGCCAUUUUCUAGAGUACGAAAUACAAAUUCCUUGGGAAAGAAGUAGAGAUUUUUGUGACAAGAUGAUAGCCACACUGUUCAUCAUCUUUGCAUUUAUUCGCGCCUUUCCGUGGAGCAGAAAACGAGGUCGUCCUGCCUUGGCCUUGACCCUGAUGCCCGAAGGCGGUGAGGAUCAUCGCGGCGAUCUGAAUCAAAAGGGUGAGAAUAACAAUCGGCCGAGACCCUCGAUUUCGUUGGCCAACAACGGCGAGGCAAUGGCGCCGAGAACUCGUCGAAAAUCAUCGAAAUUCCAUGAGGUCACCUUCAGUGGCAGCGUUGGCGGUGGCGACAGCGAUGGUGGCGGCGAGGCCAUCAAUGGUGGUAACCUCGAUGUAAGCCCCAGCAAACGACACUCCUUGAGCACCACCACAAGCAACUCCAGCUCGGCACCGUAUCGAUAUCUGAGUGGUAGCAGUAGAUCCCGGGGCUCUCGAGGCGAUUGCCACGAAUACUAUCAACUGCAACAGCAUUCGUCGUCCCUAUCGAAUGGAAAUCGUGGAAAUCGUGGACUAAGCCAGAGAAGCGAUACAAUGGCCACUGAGGCGGAGGGCGAGGAAUUCGAUGUGGAUCCCAUGGACGAGGACGAUGAGGAUCAGACCUACGACCGAGAGACCGAGGAGUUCUAUAGCAAUAUACAGGAUGCCGCAGGCACCGGAUCAUCGAGUCGCAGCAAGAGAUCGUCGCUCUUCUCCAGAUCGGAUAGUUCCGCCACCACCACCUCGUCGAGCGGCGGUGGAACCUUUACUGGCGGCAAGCGCAGAUCGGCUGCCUCUAUUCUGUCCUCAUCUAUGUGCUCCGAUCUAAUGACCAGCGAUCGCCGAAGCUCCACGGCCACGGAAUACAGCGUCAAGUCGGUGACCACCGGGAAUACCUCGCAACGCAGGUCGAGCGGACGGAUUCGUAGAUAUGUCUCACGGAUGACAAUCGCCGGAGCCAGGAGACGCACCACGGGCAGUUUCGAUGUAGAAAAUGGCCAGGGCGCUAGAUCACCGCUCGAGGGCGGCUCACCCAGCGCCGGUUUGGUACUACAGAAUUUGCCGCAGCGUCGCGAAUCGUUUCUAUAUCGCUCCGAUUCGGACUUUGAGAUGUCACCCAAGUCCAUGUCCCGAAACUCAAGCAUCGCUAGCGAAAGCCAUGGCGAGGAUCUCAUUGUGACGCCUUUCGCCCAAAUUUUAGCCAGCUUACGUUCAGUGCGCAACAAUUUAUUAAGUCUGACAAAUGUUCCAGCAUCAAACAAAUCCAGGCGGCCCAACCAAUCGUCGUCGGCCUCGCGAUCAGGAAAUCCACCAGGAGCCCCGCUAUCCCAAGGCGAGGAGGCAUACACCCGCCUGGCCACCGACACAAUCGAGGAGCUGGACUGGUGCCUCGACCAGCUGGAGACCAUCCAGACCCAUCGCAGCGUCUCCGACAUGGCGUCGCUUAAGUUCAAACGCAUGCUCAACAAGGAGCUGUCGCACUUUAGCGAGUCCAGCAGAUCGGGAAAUCAGAUUUCCGAAUAUAUAUGUUCCACAUUUUUGGACAAGCAACAGGAGUUCGACUUGCCAUCGCUGCGCGUGGAGGAUAAUCCCGAGCUGGUCGCCGCCAAUGCAGCCGCUGGUCAACAGUCCGCUGGACAGUAUGCACGCUCCCGAUCGCCGCGCGGUCCGCCCAUGUCGCAGAUCAGCGGCGUGAAGAGACCGCUGUCGCAUACGAAUAGCUUUACCGGCGAACGUUUGCCCACCUUCGGUGUGGAGACACCCAGGGAGAAUGAGCUGGGCACGCUGCUCGGCGAACUGGACACCUGGGGUAUUCAGAUAUUCAGCAUCGGCGAGUUCAGUGUCAAUCGACCGCUCACCUGUGUGGCAUACACCAUAUUUCAGAGUAGAGAAUUACUGACCAGUCUUAUGAUACCACCGAAAACUUUUCUUAACUUUAUGUCUACUCUGGAGGACCACUACGUCAAAGACAAUCCGUUUCACAAUUCGCUGCAUGCCGCCGAUGUGACACAAAGCACUAAUGUGCUACUCAAUACACCGGCGCUGGAGGGCGUAUUCACGCCGCUCGAAGUGGGCGGGGCGCUGUUCGCCGCUUGCAUACACGAUGUUGAUCAUCCCGGCUUAACCAAUCAGUUCUUGGUUAACUCAAGUUCCGAACUAGCAUUAAUGUACAAUGACGAAUCUGUUUUGGAAAAUCAUCAUUUAGCUGUUGCCUUUAAAUUAUUACAAAAUCAAGGAUGUGAUAUAUUCUGUAAUAUGCAAAAGAAACAACGCCAAACAUUGAGGAAAAUGGUUAUUGAUAUUGUGCUGUCCACGGACAUGUCCAAGCACAUGAGUCUGCUGGCCGACCUAAAGACAAUGGUGGAAACCAAAAAGGUGGCCGGCUCCGGAGUACUGCUGCUGGACAACUACACCGAUCGCAUACAGGUGCUUGAGAAUCUGGUGCACUGCGCCGAUCUGAGCAAUCCCACCAAGCCGCUGCCGCUUUACAAGCGCUGGGUAGCCCUGCUCAUGGAGGAGUUCUUCCUGCAGGGCGAUAAGGAACGCGAAUCGGGCAUGGACAUUAGUCCCAUGUGCGAUCGCCAUAAUGCCACCAUUGAGAAGUCGCAGGUGGGCUUCAUCGACUACAUCGUCCACCCGCUAUGGGAGACCUGGGCGGACCUGGUGCAUCCGGAUGCCCAGGAUAUACUCGACACGCUUGAAGAGAACAGAGACUACUACCAGAGCAUGAUACCGCCUUCGCCGCCGCCAUCGGGCGUCGAUGAGAAUCCGCAGGAGGACAGGAUACGCUUUCAAGUAACCCUUGAGGAAUCCGAUCAGGAGAACCUCGCCGAACUGGAGGAGGGCGACGAGAGUGGUGGCGAGAGCACCACCACAGGCACAACCGGAACCACCGCUGCAUCCGCGCUAAGCGGAGCUGGUGGCGGUGGCGGUGGAGGCGGGGGAAUGGCACCCAGAACGGGUGGCUGCCAAAACCAACCGCAACACGGUGGAAUGUGACGGAGAGUCGUGGGAAUUUAUCGCAAAUUACAGGAAAAGGCUCACAACUUUUUCCUAUUACGUUAGUGACUACUAUUAACACAGAAAAAACCAAAACAAAAACCUAAAACGAAAAGCAAAAAAAAAAACAAAGAAAAACUCUUGGAAAAAAUGCAAAAAAAAAUCCACAAAAAAAAAACCAAAAAACCCAAGUAAGGAAAUAUUAAACCAAUGUUUAAACGCAUACAAAAAUCCAAACAGCAAUAGCAAAACUAACGUUAAACCUAUAAAGUCUAGAGAAAAUCGAAAAAGGAAAUUAGAAAUUUACUUAAUGGAACCCGAGAUUGAUGUUGAAAAUACACUGAAAAAGAAGGAGGAGGCCGAGCUAACUAAGAUAAAAUCGUACAUAUUGUUAAAAACAAAACAAAAAAACAUAGACACACUAAAUUCAAGACAAAGCAAAGAUAAUAAGAAAAAUUGAUAAGUUACAAAAAAUAAGACGAUACCGAAAACUCCCGCCCCAAAAGCCUAAGAAAUCCCAGUACCCCCCCCCCCCCUCCACUCCCCUUUAUAUAUAUAUAUAUACAAUUUUUGUUGCAUGUGUAGGUAAAUGAUUUUUGUCAAAAUUCAUCUGAAGUAGUACAUCCAUCAGAGGCAGCCCCUUAGCUGAGUCUCCUCUUUUAAUCCAUUGACUAAAGUGAAAUAUUUAAAAAACAGAGAAUCAGGCGAACGAAAAGGAAUAAUUAAUAUGACCUAGCUUAUAAGAGAAGUUAUUAAGUUUUUAAAUGUUUUGCAUGCCCGAACAGAUUUAUUUUACUUGAUUGAUUGAUAACGCUAGAUCUAACUGAUAAACGAUAACAGCAACACAUGGAGUUUUUUUUUUAUAUAAUUUAGACCACAGCGAUAGAAGCGAAAGAAAAUCAACCAUGUAAAGUUUAAGAACCCAGUGAAUUAAACCAAAAUUGAAAGCCAACCGAGUUGAAACCAAUUUAAUUCUAAAUCUAAAUCUAAAUCCACAACCCAAAACCCAAAACCCCAAGCAACAAAAAAGAAAGAAAGAAGGAAAAGUAAGGAACAGUCUACAGCCAGACUGUAGUUGUAUAGUAAUAUAUAUGAUAUAAAUAUUUUUUUUAAAUAUUAUUUGUAAAUAAUUUAAAUGUUGGACUCGAAUUUAAAUCAAGCGGCUAGCAAAUGUUGCAGCUAAACUAAAAUGAAAACAAAGCCAAAAAACACACACAUAAAUAGGUAAACUAAGUGAAAAAUGUGGAAAAGGAAAAACUAUUGUACAAUUAGCUAAAGAAUUUCCAUUUCAAUUUUCAAUUUGAAUUGCAAUUUAAUUUGCUUCCAGAAAUGAAUGAAAGGAGACAAGAAAAAGAUAGGGAGAUAAACCGAAAAUUAGUUUCAAACGCUGUCUUCGCAAAUAUUUUUCGCUAUAUAUAUAUAUAUAUAUUACUUAUAACAUUAUUUUACUAGUUACUAAGCUACUUACUGAGCCACACAAAUUUAAAACGAAAGAGACAAGACACCAGGACAAGAAAGAGAAGGAGCUUUCAUGAAUUUAGUGAACAAACAUAACUGGCAAUGGCCACACACACACACACAAUUUACAAAGCGAACAACACCAAAAAAAAUAAAUAAAAAGACUCUUCAAGCACAAAAAAAACUGUUUAGUUUUCAGUAAACAGUAAAACCAAAGCAAAGCAAAAUAACACACAAGAUAUAAUCCCCAAAAAAGUCAUUGGCUAUAAUAUGAUUACUUAACCUAACCUAUACAAUAUAUAGAUAUAUAGAUAUAUCCUAUAUGCAUAUGUAAAGUCACGAUACUGGCGCUGGUGCGCGGAUCGAUCAAUGUGGCAGGCCAAAUUCUAAAUGCGCAUAAUUUAACUAUUGUUUACAUUAUGUUUUAUUGUUAUUAAUUUAUUACCAAAAACGAAAACAUUAUUUUUUCAGACCUAGUGCUAUAAAUUUCUUUUUUGUGUUGAAGCGGGCAGGAUCCGCGCAUAAAAUAGUGUUUUUUUUUUUUUUGUAAUUACAAAUAUAUAUAAAGAUACAUACAUAUAUAUAUAUAUAUAUAAUAUGAUAUGUGAAUGAAAUGUAAUGAAAUGAAGUGGAACCUUGAUGGUCUAAAAAUAUCAUUAAAAGCUGAUGGAGAUGGAAAGUUGAAGAACAAGAUACUUUAUAGCAAUUUAAGCAGCAUUGUAAAUGUGCGCUUCAGAACUACUUUUUUUUCGAAACUUAAUCGACCUUCAGCAAAUACAGCAAGAUAUAUUACCUACAUUACAAACAUAUAUUAUUAAUUGAACCAUAGUUGCGACACAAAACAAAAAUGACGGCAAGUCCAUGGCAAACUUAAGCAAAAACCAAAAGCUACUUUAACAAAUUGAGUGAAAUAAAUAAAAGAAAGAAAACAAACAAAAAAAAAAAAACACAAAAAAAAACCAUAUGACUUUUUUCUCCUCUCACAAAAUAAAAGCGAAAAACAGAAAAAUAAACUAGUAUUGUAUUGUAUUUGUAACACGAAUUUUCCUGCGAGUGAACACUUUACGCAGAACCAUAAAGCCGGAAACUGAAAACCUACAGAGAUUCCGCAGCAAUCGCGGCACUGGUAUGUGUGUAUAGCUAAUAGCUAUACUCAUUAUGUAAUUUACCAGAGUAUUAAUCGAACAAUUUAAAUUUACAUAUAUGCAUAUGCAUACCAACAUACUAGGAAUACUAGGAAUAUAUGCAGUAACGGACAUUUGAUGUAUACUCGAGUUGAAACAUAACCCUAACCAAAUGUUGUAUGUGUAUGUGUAAUUCGAUGAACUUAAAAGUCCAAAGCCAUACGUGAAAAUAAGAACAAGCAAUUUAUAGUGAAAAAGUCGAAAAGUAUCUAAAUGUAAUUGUUAGAAAAUGCCAAGUAAAUCCGAAAGUUACCACAGAGUUAAUGAGGAGGCAUCAUCUAUCUUGUCAUCCAAGAAAUCCCCAAAUCAAUUUUUGACUGAAAUUGAAUCGUCCUAGUAGAGGCACUCGAUUCGUACUCCUUCCUUACCCCUACCGCCCCCCCCCCUCACCAACUUCCUUUGCCCCAACUAUUGUACUUUAUCCAAUAUUUUCCUAUCGACGUGCCGCCAAUUAUAUCAGUGUAUAUAAACUAUUUGAAAAUCACGCAUAUAUAUGCACACAUAGAGUUUUUGUAGCGUCAUAUGUGUCAUUAAGGAUGCCCACUUACAUACAUAUAUGAAGGGAAAUAAAUAAGCAAGUAAAUAUACAAUACAAUACAUACAUAUAUGUGUGUGUUGUGGGUAACGAGAGAUCAGCAUUUGUAGCACAGGUUGGCCAAAUUUAUUGGGAAUAACGAGUUGCCGAAGUUGCCGAAGAAAAACCAAAUGAAAACUGUUUGUUGUGCUGUUAGCCGUAAAUGAGAACUUUUUUUUGAGAUAACUUAAUACCUAUAUAUAUAAAUAUGUAUUACAAUAUAUGUAUCUAUAAAUAUAUAAAACAGGCGACAAACCAAAUUAAACCAAAUACCGGAACAAAAAAAAAAAAACGAAAAAGAAGAGAGAGAAAAAAUAAUACAAGCGAUAUUGAAAAUGGCACGUUUUGUACUAUAAUGAAAUGAGAAAACACCAAAGACGAAUGCAAAACAAAAAAAAAUGCAAACACAUAACAAAAUAUACAAGAAAUAUUCUUAACAAAAAGAAAAAAAUACCAUAAAUUGUGCGCUGGCGACGACGGUUGUUUGAAAAAAAGAGAAAGCAAAAAACAGGACAUGCCGCUUGAAGUGCCGAUCGUAAGCGAGUCCUUUCGAUUCGCAAAUCGUCGGCAUUUCAAUCGAUUGAAGAAUCGGGAGAUAUUAUAUACAUAUAGAACACGUAACGCUGGCGUUACUGGGCAAACAGUUAGGCAUUUUUUUUUUUUCUUUUUUGGAAAUUUAUACAAUUACAUAUACAAAAAGAGCUCACCCCCACAACAACAAGGACAACUGCAGAAGAAGAACAAAAAAAAUACACACAUACAUGGAAACACUAACGCGUACACGGACAGCGAUUUGCCGGAACAAAAUUCUGGGUAUUUCGAACCGAGAAAGGGAACGGAAACGGAAACGGAAACGAAAAUAUAGAACGCGGCAAGUUAUUUAACACUGAAACUGAUCGGGUGUAACUAUAGUACCGAAAUGGGGCUUACACAGGCUGAUUCACCCAAAAUAAGUAUACAUGUAUUGUAGUAACGAGCGCUGGCUUUUGUUAUUAAGUUAUGUAUUUGUUUCGAUUAUGUUUUGCCUCUCUCAGAAUAUAUAUAUAUAUAUAUAUAUAUAUAUAUAUAUGUAUAUUCUAUGUAUAUAUAUAUAUUAGUUAUGUAUGUGAAAAAAGCGUAAUCAUUUAUGAAACCAAUGAAAAUCUAACCUGAAAACAAAGAGAAAACCCCAAGUCAAAUACACAAUUGCAUGCAAGAGUAAGUAAUAUUAAUGAAAUCUAAGAACAAAGGUCACUCCCGGGCUUAAAAAAAAAAAAAGAAGAAAAAAAAUGGGCCGCAUGGCAAAUGAUAAAUGGUAAAACAAAACAAUGAGCAGGUGGCAUUAUGAACAGAUUUGAAUGAUUACGGAAUACAGACUAAAAAUGAAAAUGAAAAAUUU